CUACUUGAAAGCUUCUCAGACACACUGCUGUUUUUGCCGUUAUCGAUGCUGUAAGUGUUCUCAUGGAAUCGCCUAUUUCUUCGAGCUCUAGGAGAAGGCAUUUUAUAUAAAAACCGCAAACUGAUAUACGUUUUAUUAUUAUUAUUAUUAUUAAUAAGAGUAAAGCACCCAGUUAAAUCAAGGAAAGCGAUAUGGUGGUACAGACAUUACAUUUCAAAAAAUUGUAUUAAAUAAAAAGAGAACAGACGCAAUGUCCUUCACCUGUUGACAAAAGAAAGCAGUACAGUAUGGCAAAAAGGACCGCCGUGUUUAUACGAUUUAAGGAGGAAUGGAAAAUGCGAACAAGUAAUCAACUUCAGUCUCGUUGUGUUUCCUCGUAACUAAAAAUCAAACGAAUACCCGGCAACCUGUUUCAUGUUAAUCUUGGUUCAUUCUUACCACAUAAAAAACGAAUAGCUUGUCGGUGAGACAAUUUUCAUUUUUAUUCCAAUUUAAGAAGACGUUUUUUGUUUCAGUUACUAAGAGUAUAUUUGGGUUCUUCUAAUUGAGUAUUUGUGCGAGCCACUCCGUGUAGGAUUGUAUUACUAUUAUUAUUUAAAUAUUUUGAUCAAAUACUUUAAUUCCAAGAGAUUACAUAACUAACAAGCAUCGAUUUAACCAAUGUCAGAUUUACAGUUCUUACGUUUUUUUAUGCACAGAAUAUAAAAGAUUAAUUUAAAUAAAAUUGGUAUUCAAAUGAAAUUUAACUCCAUUGAAGUUGAAAACCGCAUUUGAAAAACGUUAACAAAGUAAUUUUAUUCACUUAGUAUUUGGCUGGGAUCUUAAAAUGUAUUUGUGUUGCUGAGUAAUUUCAUAAAACAUUGCAUACUAUAUGUAGCUGAUGGUUGUUCAAGCUUAAUCUGCUCCUUCACCUCACAGAGAAGUUUCAUCUCCCCCGAGCCGGUUUCCCAGUCCAAAACUCUCUUGCCUGUUAACCAAUUGCCGUUGCAUCUACCCCUCACCAUUGGUUUGACUACUCCACACAAAUGUUUUUGUGCUCAAACUGACAGGAUUACAUGGGUCACCCAGGCACAAGCCAGGAAACACCAAUCUCAGGUCUGCUCUCUGUUCCAGCAAGGAAGAAGCAGAUGCCAUUUACUAAACCACUAAGAUGAAUGUGAAAGAAGAGACAUGUGAGGCUGACAUAAAUACCAUGGAGGUAAUGACUGUGAGUAUUAAGAAGGAGGAGGAGAACUAUGAAUGGGAGUCUGUCCACCAUGGACAGGAUAGUCUCUGCAUUAAGGAUGAGGAUUAUGAACUGGGGUCAGUGGAUAUUAAAGAAGAGGCUGGGGACACUUCUGUCAACAGUGAGAUGAACAAGUGGGAGAUUAUGAAGCGUGGGGACCCUGCUUUGAGAUCUGAGUCAUUACAGUCUGACACAAAGAGGACUGAGGCAACUUCAUCUGUUAGGACUUGGGAAGAUCAGCCAACACCUUCAAAUCAUUCUGAGCAAAGAGACAAGCCUUACUACUGUUCUGAAUGUGGCAGACGAUUUUCUCGUUUAAGAAGACUUCGGCGUCACAAAAGAAUUCAUACUGGAGACAGUCCAUAUUGCUGUUUGGAAUGUGGCAAACAGUUUUCUGACAGGAGUAAUCUUCAGGCACAUGCUAGAAUACACACUGGAGAAAAGCCGUAUUGCUGUUCAGAUUGUGGGAAACGAUUCUUACGAAUUGCUGAUCUUCAUACCCACACUAGAAUACACACCGGAGAAAAACCGUAUUGCUGUGCUGAAUGUGGCAAAAGAUUCUCACGAAUUGCCACUCUUCAUACACACAAAAGAACUCACACUGGAGAGAAGCCAUAUUCCUGUUUAGAAUGUGGUAAGCACUUUUCAGUGAAAAGCAGCCUUCAGAUACACAAAAGAACUCACACUGGAGAAAAGCCAUAUGCCUGUUCUGAAUGUGGUAAACAGUUCUGUGACAAGAGUUCUCUUCGGCAGCAUGCUAGAAUUCACACCGGUGGAGAGAUGUAUUGCUGUUCUGAGUGUGGCAAACAAUUUUCUCAAAUCAACAGUCUUCAGAUCCAUAUGAGAAUUCAUACUGGAGAGAAGCCAUUUUCCUGUUCAGAGUGUGACAAAAAAUUCUGUAGUAGGAGUUCUCUGAGGAAACAUACUAGAAGUCACACUGGAGAGAAGCCAUACUGUUGUUCUGAAUGUGGUAAACAGUUUUCAAAAAAGUGCAGUCUUCAGAACCACAGAAGAAUACACACUGGAGAAAAGCCAUACUGCUGUUCUGAGUGUGGCAGACGGUUUUCACGAAUGGCCACUCUUCACACCCACACAAGAAUUCAUACCGGAGAGAAGCCAUAUUGCUGUUUGCAAUGUGGCAAACGAUUCUCACAAAUCACCACUCUUCACACCCACAGAAGAAUUCACACUGGAGAGAAGCCAUAUUGCUGUUCAGAAUGUGGCAAACACUUUUCUUUGAAGAGCAACCUUCAGAGACAUGUAAGAAUUCACACGGGUGAGAAACCUUAUGGCUGUUCUGAAUGUGGCAAACAGUUUUCACAUAAGUUCAAUCUUCAGACCCACACAAGAAUUCACAAUGGCCCUACCCACAAUGGAAGAGACAAGACCACACAAGAGUACUGUGAGCAAGAAAAUAAGAGCACUACAUGCAAUCCAGUGGUCAGUUGAAGAGAAAGAGGAGAUCAAGUAAUACUACUUCUUGGCAACUGAUCUCAAAUUCCCAUCUAAAGAAUAUGCCAGCAAGGCUGAUGCAGAACUACAGUAUAGAAAUGUAAUCUUUAUUUUCCAAAUUGGGUAUCUGACACAAAUAUAAGACAUUUAAUGCAAUAAUUAAAGAAAGACAACAAACGAGUCAAGUGACAGCAUACUUUCAAAAAACAGCAAGAAAAGAAAUAAUACAGGUUGGCAGCAUUAACCCCAGCGCAACUCAUUGGCAAUCAAAUGGACCAAAAAUUGAGUUGAAGAAAAAGAACAUUGACAUGUUUGAAAACAAAUUCAAAAACAAAGGUUUAAAUAUAAACUCAAAUGAGCUAGCACAACCAGAAAAGUAUUACCCAGAGAGAUUUGUCCUAAAAAUCAACUGAUUUACAAAGAGUGAAAUACAAACAUUAAAGAGAGAAGUUAUCAAGAAGUUAAAUGGUGGGUUUGGGGCACAGCAAAUUGAAAGUGACAAUGACAUUUUAUGAAGAUAAUAUAACCCAAAUAAUCCAUGAAGAAGAGCAACCAGAAUUUGAAAAAAUAUUUAAAAUAUCCAUUAAAGAGUCAUUCAAAACUAGAAGAGAACACACCAACUAAAGCGAACAGCUCAACAAGUGUAGAAUUCGCCAUCAUUAGAGGAUAAAAAGGUCCAGGAAAUUCCAGAAGAUCUCCUGGAGUUCAUCAAUUUACUAGUAUGCAGAAAUCAACAAAAGACUCGGUACUACAUGUAAGGUGAAUAAAGUAAUAACUGAGAGAAAGGAAAACCAGCAGCAUGUAAUAGACUUCAAAAGUGUAAAGAGGAUAAUGUUUGUGCAGUAAAACUCAUCACCUCUAAAUUAUUAUAAAAGUAAAGUUGAAUAAAUUGAACUCUGCAAGUGCAUGAAUAAAAAAUUUGCCAUGGUAAUUUUAUUUUGGUGAACAAUUCAAGUAAAUUACCACUUUCAGUAAGUGGAAGUGGGUCAAAAGUUGCAAGAAACUUUAAUAAUGUGAGUAAUGUAAUACUUGUACACAAAAUUUCAAUUACAUAAAGAAAAAACGUUCUCAAAUAUAUAUGUAGUACAAUUUGAACAGUAGUUUUUUUCUAAAAACUGCAAAGUGACAAAAAAUGCUUACAAUGUGGGCUUUACCAUAAUAUGAUGUGAAAUUAUCACAUUUUU